AUGCAGAAGAAACAAGAAGAAUACCUCAACACCCGGCCGAUGAUCGGUCUCGGGCUCGAAACCCGGGGCCCCAGGGGAGGGGAACAACCCCCGCCGGGGUCCCCCGGUCUCGGCUGGCCGCCUUCUCCCGGCCGGGAGGCUGCCGGCCCCUCGCCGGGGGCCCGGGCCGGUGGGCCGGUCUUUGCGCGGGGGCGAGGAGGGGCCUGGGGCCUCCUGCGAAGGGGAGAGGAACCCCGUGAGCCGACUGCCCCAAGAAACCAAAAGGGGCCAAGUGGGGUGGCGGUGGGGAGAGGAACACUCAACCGCUCCGAAAUCCCGACGCCCCCCUCCCCCGAGAGCGCGGGGCGGGGUUUUUGGCUCUCAACGUAUCUGGCGUCCCCCCUCCGGGUCGCCGAGGCCCCUCGGGGAGGAGGCGGGGCUGGGGCCGGUCCUGCCCUCCCCUUCCGCGGUCCACCAAACCGGCCCUCUCCCUCGGGGAAUAGGGCAAAUCUUAAUAAAAACGGGCCCAUGAGAACGGUCAAACCCGCCUUCUAA